CGCUAUGCUCUGCCCUUUGGUUCUUUCCCUCUCUCCCUUGUCCAAACCGGCAAAACCCCAAAACCCCGCCUCUUAAAGCAGCUGCUCAUCGUUUGCCGCGGAAGCCAAAACCACACCUCUAUCUCAGGGCCUGAGAGCAUUACAGCAAUGUUUUUCCAGAAAUUUUCAUCAUAAAAGAGGUAAAUUUGCUGAUUUUGGAGCUACCCAUUUAUAAUAAUGUUAAGAAGAAUGAAAAUCCUUGCAUUUCAUGUCAGAAAAAGCCUGCAAUUUGUUUCUAAAACCCAAUGCCCGGUUUUCUCAUCUGGGUAUCAUUCCAAUAGCAAUCAAUCAGAUUCUGAAAAUGAAUGGCAGAGAUUACUCAAACCAUUUGACCUCGAUGAACUUCGAAAAUCAUUCAAUAAGAUUACUCCUUAUCAGCUUUCUAAAUUACUUGAAUUGCCACUUGAUGUUCCCACAUCUUUGAAGUUGUUUCAAUGGGCAGGUUCCCAGAAAGGCUAUUUCCAUACAUUUGAUGUGUAUUUUGUUCUUAUUGAAAAGCUUGGGGCAGCUAAAGAAUUUAAGGUCAUAGAUAGGUUAUUGAUGCAAAUGAAAGAAGAAGGGAUUGUUUUUAAAGAAUCCCUCUUCAUUUCAAUAAUGAAAUAUUACGGAAGAGCUGGUUUGCCGGGUCAGGCUACUAGAUUGUUAUUGGAUAUAAAGAGUGUUUAUUUUUGUGAACCAACAUUUAGGUCCUACAAUACUGUCUUAAGUAUUCUGGUAGCUGGGAAUUGUCAUAAAGUUACGCCAAAUGUUUUUUAUGACAUGUUGAAUAAGGGUAUAUCUCCUGAUGUUCAUACGUUUGGUUUGGUAAUGAAAGCCCUUUGUACAGAUAAUGAAGUAGAUUCUGCUUACUCAUUGCUUAGGGAUAUGAUGAAACAUGGAUGUGUGCCUAACUCGGUCAUUUACAAUACUUUGAUACAUGCAUUGUCAAAAGGUAACAGAGUUAAUGAAGCAGUGAAACUUUUGGAAGAAAUGUUUCUGAUGGGUUGUGCUCCUGAUGUUCAAACUUUUAAUGAUGUUAUAUAUGGCCUCUGCAAGAUUGGCCGUGUGCAUGAGGCAGUGAAAACGGUUGAUCGGAUGCUUCUCCGAGGCUUUAUCCCCGAUGCAUUGACUUAUGGGUUGUUAAUGCAAGGGUUAUGUAAAACCAGCCAAGUCGAUGAAGCAAGGGCGUUGUUAAACAAAGUGCCCAGCCCAAAUGUUGUUCUUUUCAACACCUUGAUAAAUGGAUAUGUGGCAAGCGGACGUUUUGAAGAAGCUAAGGCUGUUGUAUAUGAUAUCAUGUUAAGUAUCGGCUGUAAGCCUGAUGUUUUUACAUUUACCAUUCUGAUUCAUGGACUCUGCAAGAAAGGGUGUCUAGGUUCGGCUCUUGAAUUGGUUUAUGAGAUGGAAAGCAACGGAUGUAAGCCUAAUGUGAUAACAUACUCGAUUUUGAUUGAUGGGUUAUGCAAGGAAGGCCGAGUAGGGGAAGUUGGUAAUGUUCUGAAUCAAAUGUCGGCAAAAGGAGUCAGCCUGAAUACUGUUGGAUAUAAUACCCUAAUAAGUGCAUUAUGCAAGGAUGGGAAGAUCCAUGAAGCACAUGAAUUGUUUGAUGAGAUGUCAAGCAAAGGGUGUAAGCCUGAUAUAUUUACAUUUAAUUCACUAAUAUCUGGUUUAUGCAAGGUCAAUCAAAUGGAAGCAGCAUUGGGACUGUAUCACAAUAUGAUGGUUGAGGGUGUUAUUGCCAACAAAGUAACAUACAAUACUUUGAUUCAUGCUUUUUUAAGGUGGGGUGAGAUCCAAGAAGCACUGAAGCUUGUAAACGAAAUGUUAUUUAGAGGAUGUGCCCUUGAUGAAAUCACUUACAAUGGCCUAAUAAAAGCACUUUGUCGAGCUGGGGCAAUCGAAAAAGGCCUGGGGUUGUUUGAAGAAAUGGUAAGGAAAGGAUUUGUUCCAAGUAACAUUUCUUGUAAUAUAUUAAUAGAUGGCUUUUGUAAGGCUGGGAAAGUCAAUAAUGCACUCGAAUUUCUAAGAGAAAUGAUUCAUCGAGGUUUGACGCCAGAUCUAGUAACCUAUAACAGUCUGAUAAAUGGUCUAUGUAGAACUGGACGUAUAAGGGAGGCUUUGAGUUUGUUCGACAAAUUAGAAGUUGAAGGAAUUUAUCCCGAUGCUAUUACUUAUAAUACUUUGAUUAGUUGGCACUGCAAGGAGGGCAUGUUUGAUGAGGCCUGUUUACUUCUACAAAGAGGUGUGGAGACUAGCUUUGUACCCAAUGAUGUGACUUGGUUUAUAUUGGUCAGCAAUUGUCUCAAAGACUGUCAAAAGGAGAGUUUUUCAGCUCCAUUUAAUGUCUAGAAAGACAUUUAUGCCGUUGAAAGACGUUGUCUUGUUUCUCCCUGGAGUAUGUUAUCAAGUCGGAAAGAGUUGGUCUUCAAAAUGGUCCGGGCAAUGUCCAUAUUUUUUCCCCUCAAUUUGGAUAAAUCAGUUAUUGUAUAUUGAAGCCUUGCAAUUUAUGAAGGGUUCAUGUUCUGUUUUGAGCUUUGGAUUGCUGAUCAAGGCUAUAGCCUCCUAGCUCUGGAAACCGUUCCAAUGUGGAUGUGGCUUUCUUAUUUCACCUUAAAAUUUGGGAAAACUCAAUACAAAGGUGAUACCGUCCACUUAAGUUCACUUGAAAAUAGUAGGCAUUGCUUUCUGUCAGUGAAAUUCGCUCCGACCAACCUUGUCAUAAAUUUGAGAAGGAGACGCAUUGGCUUCAUUGUUUUUGACAUUACAUUUGGUUCAUGGUGCAUGUACUCUUUCGUGCCAUUGUAGAUGUCCCUAUCUGUGGCAUGGCUUUGACUAUGUUGAUGUAUUUCAUGCUUGUGUGCUGAUUUCCUCUCCGAUUUUAUUUCCAUCUUUUGUAGUUCAAUGCUGCAAAUUUGAGGAAAGCUGCUUAAAUCGAGCCCUAAGGAAGACGGUGGAUCUGCUACCGCUUGCAAUGUUUAGGUAUUAAAGCUCGUUGAUAAGAAGAUUCCGGCAUGAAAAUCUGGUUGGUCAGGUUGCACGUUUGCCUUUAAAAUGGGAGACUGACGGCUAAAUUGCUUCCAUUUAUCAAUGAUGCAUGCUGGGGUUCCAUUUUUUGUUGCUUUUCUUUCGGCUUAAAGAGAGUUUUGAUCCAUUAAUAUGAAGAUUUUUUGGCGAUGAGAUGUACUGAUUGGAUACUUGGAAACAUUCAAAUAGCCUUAAUAUUGUGGUGACUGAUUUAGAAUGGGGAUUGUUAUUUGGCAAGCUGGUUUGGCUGUAAUGGUAUACCCGGAAUAAAUUGGGUUUUACUGAUGAGCAUGUGUCGCCGGCUGCAGUAGUGGCUCACUGUCGUGCAUGGUCCAUGCAUGUCUAAUGCUGGUCGACAUUCCAAUGCUUGCUGUUAAUGGCUUGGAACCGAUUUCUAGAUGGGGGUAAUCCUUCGUUUAGGUGGGUUAAAUUAAAUUGUGACGUAAUGGUACUUUUGAGUUGGAAUGAAGUGGUUAAUGGGGAGCUGAUUAGGGAUCAUCAAGGGAAUUGGCUCACGGGGUUUAGUGGAUAUUUGAGUUUGUGUGGUGUUACAAGCGAAGCUUUGCCACUCACUGAACCAGUUGAGAGUCAAAGUGAUUUGGUUUAAUUUAGUGUUGAAGUUAGUUGACUCAAGUUAUCCUUCUCAUAAAUUUGUUUUCUGUUUCCUUGCUGUUUAGGCCUUAG